GACGGGCUGGUGAACAUGGGACUCGGGGUGUCCUCUGAGGACGCAAGGCCCGCGCCCCAGCCUAUUCUGUUGGUUGGUGAGGCGACGAUAAUGACCCUGGAGUGGUGCCAACAGACUGGGCGAAUGUAGGCCUUUUUGCAGUUCGGGCAUUACUUCUGCCCGAAGUAAAACCUGCCGUCUGCGUUGCGUAUUUUCAUAGUUUGCAACUUUUCCCGUGUCCCGCUGGCGUACACCGAAGACGAGGAAACCUGUACAGCGGUGUUCCGUGAUCUGCGGGAGCAGCCCUCGGGGACGAAUGUGCCGGAGACCAUGCCCCUCCUGACCCAACGCAUCCAGGAUGAGAGCGAUCAGUACUGCUUAGUGGCCAGCCUUGACAACGUUAGGAAUUUCUCCACUAUUCUGAAAGCUAUCCAUUUCCAAGACCAUGCCACCUGUUUCGUUACUAAAAAUGGAGUCAAGGUUACUGUGGAAAAUGCAAAGUGUGUGCAAGCUAAUGCUUUUAUUAAGGCUGGAGUAUUUCAAGAGUUUCUGGUUCGGGAAGAGCCUAUUAUAUUUCGAAUUAAUUUAACUGUCCUUUUAGACUGUUUAUCUAUUUUUGGAUCAAAUCCUAUGCCAGGCACUUUAACUGCACUUCGGAUGUGUUACCAAGGAUAUGGUCACCCUUUGAUGCUAUUUCUAGAAGAAGGAGGAGUGGUGACAGUCUGCAAAAUCAAUACUCAGGAGCCCAAGGAAACUUUGGAUUUUGAUUUCUGCAACACCAAUGUUACCAGUAAAAUUAUUCUGCUGUCAGAGGGGCUCCGUGAAGCAUUUUCUGAAUUGGAUAUGACGAGUGAGAUCCUACAGAUCACCAUAUCUCCUGACACACCCUACUUCAGGUUGUCUACUUUUGGAAAUGCAGGAAGCUCCCACCUUGAUUAUCCCAAAGAUUGUGAUUUGAUGGAAGCAUUUCACUGCAAUCAGACCCAGGUCAACAGGUACAAGAUUUCCUUACUGAAACCCUCUACAAAGGCACUGGUUUUAUCGUGUAAAGUGUCUAUUAGGACAGAUGACCGAGGAUUCCUCUCAUUGCAGUAUAUGAUUAAAAAUGAAGAUGGACACGUAAACUUUGUGGACUAUUACUGUUGUCCAGAUGAAGACAUUCCUCAAGCUGAGUCCUGAGUACAAGAAUCCACAGUGAUGUUGAUGUUUGCUGAUAAUAGGUUGCGUUCUCAUUCUGAGAAUGGUACUCUCCAUGAUUUCCUGUUGUAUUUUCUAUAGGGAACGAGGAUAGAGAAGAUGGGAGCAGAGUCUUCAUAACAACUGCUGUGUGUUUUAUAAAUAAAUGUUUUCAUGCAAUCACAGAUUA